AUGGCGCAAUCGGGGCUCCAUAAGCACAUCGUGGGCCAGGGGUAUGAGAUCGCUUGGGGUGCGGGUCACAAACAGAUUGAGCGCAAAGCCUUGCAGUGGAUGCUGGAACAAAUGGGUGGUCUACAGUUCCGACACUUCUCUUUGACGAGUGAAAAAAAGAGAUCUGCAUCCGCAGCCGCGCUUGGUAACACCACCAGUGAGGAUGACCAGGAUGCUGGUUGGGAGUUCAUCAUCAAACACGGUGAGCGGGAUCGUGGCCAGCUGAAGCAGUUGCGCUGGAUUCACAAGCAUAUCGGUAAGGAGGGGAGCCCCAUUAAGGGCUGGUCGGAAAAGUUAGUUCAGAAAGCUUUGGAUUCCUUAGCCAAUGAGGGCUGCCUAGCCAGGCUGACCACACGGUAUGACCUCACAAUCCAGGACUUCCGCCCCACCUUUUUGGACACCAUCUUCAAGGUACUCGUGCCACAUUUAGCUGAUCAUAGUCUGUGGCUUCUCGGGGAGCCGGGUGUCGGAAAGACUCCAUUAGCUCGGGUGACCGCGAUGAUGUUCAGUCGUUACCAUGGUGGCGAGGGUUGUUUCCGUUCGUCUUCGGAUUUUGACUUUUUCCGCGGGAUUUUCUUUGACAAGACUAUCCCCGCUGUGUACGACGACGGCGACAUCUGUGUGGAGAGCGUGAAAAAGAAGAAAGCGUUCGCGGAUGUUGGUGAUGAGGAAGGCAUGUUGAAGGAGCGGUGGAAUGCCGCCAAGUUCGUCAAGGGCCAAGCGCGCAUUGUGGUUGACAACGCCUAUGUAGCACUUGAGGUUCCUUUGGACGCGUCUGACAUCUCGCAUGAGGAUUUCGUCAAAAUGAUUCGGCCAGUCCUGGGGUACAUCUCCGACACGGACACUCGCGCCAUUCUCAAACGGGGUUGCUUCAUUGUCUUCACCAAAGACAGCAUCUACUUCAGGCCUCCAUCGCAGCACGAGAAGAGCGUUUCUCGUCAGAAAUGGGCUCUCAAGGACAUACUUCUGGACGACUGCAAGCACAGGUUCAACAACUACAAGAAGAAUGGUCCUCCGCCAGUGGAUUUCCCUGCUAGAGCAGCCGCAGAAAAAGCAUGGCUAGAGGGGGUGCUUCAGGAGCACGACAGCAAUCACACGGUUGAGGAGCACUUCACCAACACUCUACCACAGUUUGUUGUGAAAAUGGAAGCUGAAGAGUUUUCUGAAGCUCAUGAAGGCCUAGCCGCCAUGUGUGAUGGAGUCGCACUUGACGCAGACAGCCCUCCCCCUAAGCUUGGUCCAGCACCCAUGACACACGAGGCGACGGUCAAAAAGGAAAAGUUCGACCAGGAGUAUGCCUCGUUUCUCCUUCGCAGCAACACCUUCAGCAAGUCCCUCGGUCCCAAUGCAGUGCUGGAAUUGUCACCAACAUCGUCAUGCAAGGGAGCAUCGCAGAACACGUCUUCGCCUCCGCCCGCAGUCGCAAGCACGUCACUUGGCCCACAUGCGCUGGAUUCCUCUCCUAUUCCCAACCCGGACUUCUUAUCCGAAGAGGACCUCAUGGAUGUCGCAACCGAGUCGGAGCCGGAUGUGUUCGAGCACGGAAAGCGUCGAGCCGCUUUAAAGAAGCCUGCCGCCAAGAACACCUACGAGGCGGUGCCUUAUGUUCGACAUGGUCAAGUCUCGACUAAGUUUCGCGCUCAUCGGCAACGCUGGGGUUACUCCACUCAAGGCUUCAUGAGCAUGAACUACCGAGAUUUAGUUCGCACACUACAGAAAGAGAAUAUACUUCCGAAUUGGACAAAGAAGCAAUGUCCGCGAUGUGGCUAUGGGAAACUGGGCAAGCUCAAGUACGUGAAGUGUCGCAAAGCAUGGCUUCAUCAGUGCAGUUCCCGCACAUGUCACAAGUACCUUCAGCCACACGACUUCCAUCCCAUCUUCUUCCAGGGCUCCGGCAAGUCUCACACCUCACUCAAUGUACAAGCAUCCAUCUUGUAUGCCGCAGUAGCAGGUGUACCCGUCAACUCGACGCACUUGGUGCUGGACACAGAUCACAAGCCCGUCGAGAGGAUCUUCAAGAAUCUUGACGUAGCCAGGGCCAUGUACGUAGACAAGGAAGAGAAGUCCAUCACCUAUGGCGGAACCCGGAACAGUAUAUGGAAAGACGUCGAGGCUGAUGAGGUUGAUGUGGGAAAGGCCGUGGACGAAGCAGCUCUUGAUGCAAGGCUCUACAGGUUGAACCCACCUUGCACGAAAGCUCGAGCACCAG